AAGGUCUCCACUUUCGUUGGCAACGACGAUGCCGUCUCCAAGUCCAUAUCUAGAGAUGGCAACAUGUCCAAUCUCAUCUUAUCGAUGGAAAGGCAUCCUCUUUAGCUGCAAUUGAUGAUAUUUUGAAGAGCUUCUAUUCUGUUUCUGGGUUGAAGGUAAAUUAUGCCAAGUCAGAACAUUUUUGUUGUGGGAUUCCUGCUAGUGAAAGUACAGCACUUUACCUCAGUUUAUGGAUCAAGAUUGGCACACUCCCUGUCAGGUACCUAGGAGUACCCUUAAUCGCAGGAAGGCUAACAGGAAAAGUCCUAAAAUCAUUGGUAUCUAAGAUUUCAGACAGAAUGAAUUCUUGGACAUCGAAACACCUCUCUUUCACUGGGCAACUGCAAUUAAUUUUCUCUGUUAUUCAGGGAGUCACAACCUUUUGGUGCUUAACUUUUAUUCUGCCUAAAAAAGUGAUCAAGGAAAUUGAAAGACUUUGCAGUGCUUUCCUAAGGAAUAAUUCUACUGAUAGUGCAAAGGGAGCUAAUAUGUGUUGGCAAUCUGUUUGUUCCCCUAAAUAGGAGGGAAGCUUAGGCCUUAAAAGCCUUAGUCACUAGAACAUGGCAUGCAUAUUAAGAUUCAUUUGAAUGAUCUUUGCUAAGGUGGGCUCUAUAUGGGUUGCUUGGGUUAAGGAGAAAAUACUAAAGCUUAGAAGCUAUGCUAGAGGAUUAAUACAGCAUGUACUUGGUGAUGGCACUGAUAUCUUCCUUUGGCAUGAUUACAUCCUUCAGAUCCACUAAUGCUUACAUAUGGUGCUAAGAUUGUACCAGAUUCUGGUUUGUAAUUAUUUGCCAAAAUGUCAGAAGUAGUAAAUGGGAAUUUUUGGAAUUGGCCUUUUGCUCGUUCUCCCCAGCUUGUACAAAUUCAGAUGGCUUUGUUGGACUCACUAUAUCCUAAAAGUGGAAAUAAAGACUUACUUAUUUGGACAGCCCCUUCCUCUAGAGUGUUCAAAACAAGCAGUGCAUGGCAUUCCUUACAAGCUAAGCAAGGGAAAGUGCCAUGGCACAUGUUCCCAAGCAUAGUUUCAUUUGUUGGCUUGGCUAGCAAUAUUGGACAGAUUAACAACGAGAAGUAGACAGAAGAAUUGGACUCCUAGUAUUGAUGACACUUGCUUGUUUUGCAGCUCAGGAGUAGAAACUAAUGAUCACUUGUUUUGUCAAUGCCAGUUUGCAAAACCAGUAUGGCAAACUAUUUGUGGCAUGGCAGGAAUUCCUUUAUUUUGUUCUUGGCAGGGGCUACUAGCUUGGUUGGUGAAAAGGAUUAGAAGGAAGUCCCUAUACUGUGCUCUUAUAAAGCUUGCCUGGAAUGCUACCAUGUAUCAUGUUUGGAGAGAGAGGAACAACAGAAUUUACAGGCAACAGUUCAAAUCUGUUUCACAGAUUGUGAAUGAUAUUCUUUUUGAUGCAAGGAACAAGGUUUUAGCCUUUGCAGCACCAAAGUCCUCUUCACUGCCAAUGUCUAUAGCAGUGCAGUGGGGGCUUGCAGAGGUUCUAAAAUCACCAGUACAGUCUUAGAUGAAUUCUCUCUUUGAUUAGAGUUGUAAUUGAUUGUAAGUAGCAAAUGACUUGCUGCUUAUGUGUACAUACCAGUUUUAUUAGAUAAAUAAAACUUCAUAUUUUAUCCAAAAAAAAGAAAAAGGUCUGCAACCAGCCUCACCCCUUGCAUGUGAAGAAACGUGAUUGAGAACACACUCAAAAGGGAAAAUUGAUGAUGCUUGUGUGGGUCUGUAACAGCCCUAUGAUUUUUGGGCCAUUCCCCCCACAGAUAUAAUCACAACCCUCUUCUCUAUGUCAAAAACAAUUAUGAUGUGCUUAAGCACUACCCUGCAAAGUUUCAACAGCCACUAGUCCCAGCUCCAGCCAUUAGCACAGCCAUUUGGUUUUUUAACAAGUUUGCAGGUAACUGGAUCUGCACAUAUGAGAACCUGUGAUGGAGUUGGUUCAUAUCUUCAGUUAUGUGGCCUCCUAGCCAAGUUUUCUCCCAUUUGUGAAACAGCU